UCAAGUGUCAUCAAUGGCAAUUGCGUUGUCAACUUUAAAAAGCUAAAUAUUCUAUAAUAACCUAUUAAAUGUAAUUAUUGCUUUCACUUUACAAACAAACGUUAAAGUUAUAAUGGAAGUUGAAGAAAAUGAAAGCGAAAUUAACGGUCCUAUUGAAAAUGCUUGGGCUAUGAAAAUUCCUAAAUUUACACCUGACGAUAAUCCACAUGGUCUUAUUGAAGAAAGUAAAUUUGCCACUUUAUUUCCAAAGUAUCGAGAGCAAUAUCUAAAGGAGUGUUGGCCACUAGUCCAAAAAGUUUUGAAAGAUCAUCAUAUUAUAGCCGAUUUAGACCUCAUCGAAGGAAGCUUAACAGUAAAAACAACAAGAAAAACUUGGGAUCCUUACAUCAUAAUAAAAGCGAGGGACUUUAUGAAACUGCUUUCGCGGAGCGUUCCUUUUGAACAAGCAGUGAGAGUAUUAGAGGACGAAAUAGGUUGUGACAUUAUAAAAAUUAAUUCAUAUGUAACAAAAAAGGAAACUUUUUUAAAACGCAGGCAAAGAUUGAUUGGCCCAAAUGGCGUGACACUUAAAUCCAUUGAAUUACUGACAGAAUGUUAUGUUCUUGUUCAGGGUAACACUGUUUCUGCUGUUGGACCAUACAAAGGUUUGGUACAAGUUAGACGAAUAGUAGAAGAUACCAUGAAAAAUAUACAUCCUAUGUAUAAUAUAAAAAGUCUUAUGAUUAAAAGGGAAUUGCUGAAAGAUCCAAGACUGAAAAAUGAAAGCUGGGAACGUUUUUUACCCAAAUUCAAAAGUAAAAAUGUUCCAAGAAAACAACCUAAAAAUAAAAUUAAAAAGAAGCCAUAUACACCAUUCCCACCACCUCAACCUGAAAGCAAGAUUGAUAAAGAACUUGCAACUGGUGAAUAUUUCCUUAAAGAUGAACAGAAAAGAGCUAAACAUCGUUAUGAGAAAGAAGAAAAGCAGAUGCAAGCUAAGAAGGCUAAAGAAGAAGAAAGGAAAAAAGGUUUUAUACCUCCAGAAGAAAACAAAAUUAAACAAAAUACUGUGGAUGAAUCUACAAUUGACAUAAAAAAGUUCAAAGCAAAAAUGAAAAAAGUGCACAAACAGAACAAAUCCCUAACUACUAACAAACAAGAAUAAAAUUUACUAUUAAACGGCAUGUGGACGAACCAAUGGGACACUUGAUGUUAAGUGCUCACCACUGCCCAUAGACAUUGGCGAUGUAAGAAAUAAUAACCAUUUCUUACUUGGCCAAUGCACCACCAACCUGCGGAACCGAGGUGUUAUGCUCCUUGCACCCUUCAAACUGGAACAUAAAAAUGCUAAGUAUUGCUGCUUAAGGGCAGAAUAUCUGAUAAGUGGGUGGUUCCCACCUCGACAGGCCUGCACACAGCCUUACCACCAGGUACAUUCGCGUAAUGUCGUACAUUGCAUAUUCACAUUGGAAAAAAAAAGCAGAUAAAAGUAUACUUGAAUAUUUGUUGAAUUGAAUUCCAUUAAAAGUUUUAUAAAACAUUAUAUAAUUACAUACUACUUGUACUUAUUAUUUCAGGUUAAAAAAGAUCGAACAAUACUACAAUACAAAGAAAUAUUACGAUAUAUGUAAAAAAUAAUAUUAAUGAUAAUUAAUUAUCAUUAAAUAAUUAAUAAAUUAGUAAGUG